GCAGCGCGUCGCCAUGGAGACGGUUAGUUGUUUCUCUGUGUAUGGGACUGCAGGAGCCUGAAAACAUCUGAACACACACACACACACGGAUUCCUCAGGUCAUGGCGAGGUCAGAGCGCGAUGUCAUCGACUUCUCGGCGCUGGAGAGCGAGCUGCGGGCGGCGGUGGAGUCAGAGCAGCGACACGAGAGAGAGAACGCCGCCAAACUGAGAGCCGUCAGCCAGAGAGGGACAUCCUACAACCAGUUCAGAGACCUGGUGUUGUCGUGCCACCUGAAGCCUCUGGAGAAGAAAGAUAAAGAAGGAGCUCCACGGAAACAGCCCUGGAACCCGGUCGCCCCAGGCAACAAGUGAUGUCUGACCUGUCGCCCUGGGCAACAAGUGAUGUCCAACCUGGUCGCCCCGGGCAACAAGUGAUGUCUAUGAAUUCCAUUAACAAUAACAUCAGUGAAAACUGUUGUGCUGGGAUGUAAACCUGAGAAUCUCCUGAUAUGUUCAGUGUGUUUCUGUAAGUUUCCUGAACAUUUGGAUGCAGUAUAUAUUAUAUUUACAUAUCUGUACAUUAAACCCUUUUGCAUUUGA